GGUCUUUUCCCGUGGUCCUCAUGCCAAAACGAAAUGGUUCGGUCCGGGUAUGUAUCAACUACUGAAAAUUGAACGCUAUCACUACCAAAGAUGUUGGCCUUGGAGAAAAGCGAGUUCUUCUUGUCAGAGAUCUCAUUCUUGGGGUACAUCGUCACGGUCGAUGGACUAAAACCGGAUCCGAGGAAGGUGGCAGCGGUUCAAGAAGCCCCGACGCCGGUCACACUCACCCAGGUUCGGGCUUUUCUAGGGCUGGCAUCCUAUUACCGACGCUUCAUCAAGGAGUUCGCCGGUGUAGCGAAGCCCCUAACGAACCUACUGAAGAAAGACGAGCAGAUGAUCUGGACGCCGGAAUGCGAAGCAGCGUUUCAGGCGUUGAAGGAGGCUCUGACAUCUACUCCUGUGCUGGCGCGUCCCGACCCGACAAGACCGUUCGCACUAUACACCGACUGGCAGCCGCAGGCGAUAUCGGCGGUGCUGACUCAGCAUGGGGCGGAAGGAAGGGAACACGUCAUUGAGUAUGCGUCCAAGACGCAAAGCUUGGCGCAGGCUAAUUACGAAGCGUGCAAAGGCGAAUGCCUGGCGGUGGUUUGGGGGAUCCAGCAUUUCCGACCGUAUCUUUACGACCAGAAAUUCGUGCUGGAGCAUCAACUGCUCGAGCACUUCCAGCCGCCCAUCUCGGACGCUCUUCUCCGGAACAGGUUCAACGACGAUCGGCAGCUGCGCUUCGACAUUCAGCAAGUGAACGUGUCGGCACCCAGCAUCGCUGACUUGGCGGUGUACUCGCUCCUCGCGCAGCGUGUGACGUACGCGGGCGUCUAUGUGGACAUAUCGCCAGUACCUGGUCAGGAAUCCACGCGAGUGUUCAUCGAGUUCCGAGCCGUCCAGGUGGCCACGAACUUCGUGCACAACAUCGCUACUUUCACCGGGGAUUUAACCGUCUUGCCCGGGCACGAUCGGGAGCCGGCGUACAGGUUCUUGCGCGACUACGCCCUCCAGGUGGCUAGAUCGGUGGCGCGAGUGCAGGCGAGGGGCACCCAUCGUUUCACCGCAUACGAAGGACUUCUGCGGCGGACUCCGGAGGGAGCACCUGCAUUGGUGCCGCAGCUUCCAGCGCUCCUUCCUCCCGCCGAGCCCCUCAACAUUCAAGCUCUUCCCUAUCCUAUGCGCAACUUCCCCGAGUACCUGGUGGAGCUGACGGACGUUGAGCAGUUGCCGCCCGCUGACGAGGACGCGUGGGAGCUGCAUCCGGCGCUGUAUUCGUCGGUGGUGCUGGGCAUGUUUACAUUCUUCGUGGAGCACGAAGUUCAUAACGUCGGCGAGUUCCUCCACGUAUACUACGUAAUCGCCAAGCCGAAGCCAGAGCGGAAGGAGGGAACGGUGGCACUUUACCCUUUCGGGAGGAUCGGAACGAAUCGCCCAGGGCUCUUACAGCUCAUUUCUAUCGAGCUUCUGUCCAUUGCGCAGGUAAUUGCCGCAGAAGAAGAAGACUUGCAGCUCAGACUGCAGACCGCCUCAGCCCCGUGUAGAGCGUAUAACGAGGCGGUGAUACCUGACUACCUGGCGCGUGAGGGGGAGUCCGUGGUGGACUUCGGGCACGAAGACAAGCCGCUGCUUCCUCCAUCAUCGUAUCCAAAGCCGGCGGCCCUGAAAGCACCGAGAAAGAGAACCGUCCCGAAGCGGCGACGAAGUCCAUCGCCGGAAGCUCAGGCCAGUCGGGUGGGGCCUGUCGAGGAGGUUGUCCAGCCUGCGCCGGUGAGCGGAGUCGAUCCGGUUCGUGAGAGAAGAGCCACCCCCAUCAUCGGGCUCCGACUGGGGGUGGACUACCCCGCCGAAGAACCGCAGAGAUCCACAGGCCAUCGGGAGUCGACACCUCAGCGGCCCCGCCUCCCCGAUCUCAAUAGCCAUGCAGUCGGGCCAUCAGGCGAAGGGGGAGGAGUGGGACGAGUUCCAUAUCCCGCAUCCAGACCCCCCCUCCUUGCAGGACCGUUCUGAUUUCGCCAGCCCGCCCGGGAUACCUCGGUCAUUGAUAUUAGCAGUUCCCCCGAGACGGA